CUUUCAGGAAGUGUACCAGGUUCAUAAAACAAACUUCAGAAUGAUUUUAACAUACAGAGGACUCAGCAGAAGAGUGGCGGCAUGCUUGGGUGGUUCAAGAAGUUGGUAAAGAAAGAUCAGCAAACACAAACCAGAUCACCCAACCCUGUCACUUCUAAGGUUUCUUCCUCCUCUGAAAAACCCUCGGAAAGUCGCCGGAGUCAUUUGGCAUCAGCAAAAAGCUCCCCAACAUUAAAUCCUAUUAUUUCCUGGCCUGAAAACUGCAUCCGAUGGUCACGUCUUUAUGAUGCUUAUAUCUGCCAUAGUGACAAAGACUCAAAUUAUGCUUUAAAGUUGCUUAGUUAUUUGGAAUCUCAGCCAGAGAAUCUGCGUUGUUUCCUGCCAAUGAGGGACAUGUCAUUAGGAAGCCCCAUUCCAUCUGAGAUUUGCAGUGGUUUGAGAAACAGCCAUUGCUGGAUAAUGCUGCUAACUCCAGAAUUCCUGAGUGAUGGCUGGUGUAAAUUUCAGAUGCACCAAGCUCUGGUAGAAUCACCUCUUUCUGAAGGCCGAUUUAUUCCUGUUAUGAUAAACUUGGAAAUGUCUCAGUAUCCACCAGAGCUAAGGUUUAUGCAUGCCAUCAGAUCACGGUCCUGUGACGACAGCGUAUUUUGUCAAAUAAGGAAUAGCAUUUCAAGCUAUUUGAUAGAAAACCUGCAGACUAUCGACAGUAAAAUGAUGAGGCAGCCUGUGUCAAGCAGUAAUAUUCAUGAAAACAGCGAUGAAACACAUAAGUCCGGCAGUAGCACACUGGAAAGAGGAGACAAGGCAGAUGAAUCCAGCAGUUAUAUCCAGAAAACAAGCUAUGAGGCCCUAACACCUGCCAGUGGCAUGGACAGAAGCCGCUCUGAUGUACUGGACAGAAGCAGUAACAUGCAUGGAAAGAGCUAUAAAGCACAGGAGUCCUGCAGUAAUAUGCAGAAAAUAGGUCCUGAGACGGAAAUCUCCAGCAGAGACAUACAUGAAAGAAGCGAUAAGACACAGGAGGCCAGUAGACAAAUGCAAGCAAUAUGUAGUGAUGUACAGGAGGUAGGUAAAGGAAUGAAGGAAAGGAUUGGUGAGGUACAAGAGAACAGUGGAGACAUGCAGGAAAGUUGUAAGUUACAGGAAACCAGCAUGGACUUUGAAAGUAUAAGCAACAAAACUCAAGAUACAUAUUUUAACGUGCAAAAAAACUUUGAUAACAAAGAAGGCAGUAGUUUAAAAACAGAACAUUCCAGCCAUAACAUAAAGGUGAUAAGUUGUGAGACCUCAGAGCACUGCAGUAACUUGAAGGAGAUCAACAAUAAGUCACAGGAGUGUGGAUUUAUAACCCAUGAUAUGAAGAAUGAGACUCCAGAGGCAGCCAAGAAAAUGCAUAAAAUAAACUGUGAUAUUCAGGAAUUCAGCAGAAUGGGGCAAGGAAGAGGCUGCCAGAUGCAGGACUCAACCAAUAUAAAGGAAGAAAUGAUCAACUAUAUACAAAACUCUAAUGUUAACACACAGAAUGUAGAUAACUCCCCUUGCAUAAACAGAACUGAUAUUUACACAAACCAAGAAGACACACAACUAACCAACAGUGACAGAUAUACACGUGAAGGUGCCCUUGCAUUAAACCAAAUGGCUGGCUCUUGCAGAUGGACUUCUUCAGGGAGGGAAACAUAUUAGUACUGAGUAUGAAGUUAUGUACCUGGAAUACUCUCUACAGAUCUAUAAAUAUACACAAUCUUGUGUAGGUGACGACUUCUGCCGAUAUGAUGCAGCCCUUGGUUUAUUUAGGUUGCUGGUUUUUGUAUUUUCUUCACACAUUAAUAUAAAAAAUAAGAUCAUUUCGCAGUUGAAUAAUUACCAUUUUGGUCUCCAUUUGAUACAGUGAACAACAAAAUCAGUGGUUAUACAACUUGGGCAAUUGGCACAUGGGUAUUAUUGUCUGCUGAUGCCAUCAACUAGAAACAGCUGAGGUCAGCAGUGGACAAAAUGCCCCUGUCCACUCUUAUAGGCAGAUUUAUCAAAGGUCGAAUUUCAAAUUGAUGUGAAUAUUUUUUAUACUCUUAAUAAAUUCUAAUUUACUCACAACUGGAACGGGAGGUUAUUUAUGAAAAAAUUUGAAUGUCUAAAAUUCGAUUGAAUGGUAACAACCCGAAAAAUUUGUUUUGUAUUCGAAUCAAACACAAAUGAAACUUUUCCUCAGAAAAAAUGCAAAUGUCAGGAAGGCUAUUUACAUAUGCAAAUAGACAGUGGACCUCUGCCAUUGACUUGUAAAUUAAUUUGGCAAGUUUUAGCUGGCGAAUAUUUGAAUUAGAACUGUUUCCAUGGUCGAGGUGCGAUAAUUCUCACAUUCAAAUUUGGGGAUUAAAAUUUGAAUGUGUAAAUUUUGACACCAAAAAAAUUAGAAAAUUCAAUUUUACUAUCCGACCCUUAAUAAAUCUGCCCCUUAGUGUUAAUAAAUGAAAAGGUCUAUAGCUGAUGCAUGAGCAAUAAUGGAUGCUGAAGCGAGCGAUUUCCACCAGAAGACUUAUUUUUAAAAUAAAUAAAUAUAUAUAUUAUACAGCCAAUGUUUUUAUAUAUAUAUAUAUAUAUAUAUAUAUAUAUAUAUAUAUAUAUAUAUAUAUAUAUAUAUAUAUUUAUUAACAGGCAAUUUUUAUAAAGAAAUACAUCCAGUCACCAGCCAAUCUACAUGUAUAAGUACAUAUGUUGGGGAUAGUCCACAUAACCCCAUUAUAUUAUUCAGCAUUGAACUGGGGGGUAUGGGGCCCAACAGAGUCACUGCCUGCAGGGCCCCCACAACCCCCAAGCAGGCCCGGACUGGCAAUCUGUAGGUUCUGGCAAAUGCCAGAGGGGCUGCUAUAAGGCGCCAUAGAAAGUCAGUAUUUAGUGGGCUGGUGGGGGCUUUUUGGGCCUCUGUGUACCUGAAAUGCCAAGGCCUAUUUUUAUUCUCAGUCCAGACCUGCCCCCAAGGCCUCCUGGCCCUGGUUCCCCAUGGCCCCUACCCAAGCUCUAACCCCCUGCGGCCUCCCCACCUGUACCUUUUCUCUUCCAGGGCCAGAUAGGGAGGUCAGGGGCAGCGGGAAUAGUUCCAUGCAGGGAGUUGGCCCAGUACGACCCUGAUGUUAUGCUUCCAAAGGACAAACACACUUCCAUUUAUAAUCAUAUGUCACAUUUGUACCAUCCACUGUUCCUUUAAGCGACAUGUAUAGCAUGUUGGAGCAUUUAUUGCUGAAGCAAUGGAUAUGUAGAUGCCAUAAGUAGCAGUUAACAACAAUGCGUAUGCAGAAGUCAGGACACAAAUACUGCAUGACACUUGUAGACGGUGUUGAUAAUGUAUCAUACAAUGCGCAUGGCUCUCUGCGAAAGAAAAGGAUUUUUCAUACUCUGCACUGAUACAUAAAAGCAAGAAUUCACUGUUAUAUACCCCAGUUUAACACUACAGUUUAAAAAUGGUGCUAAUGGUGUCUGCAUAUUGUUGGGAUUUAUUUUAGUAUCUCAGAACAUUGUAAUGUUCUAUUAUAAUAUUUUCAUACACUAAUAUUUUGGUACAGUCUUUUAUUCCAGGAACACAGUCAACUAAGUCAUCCAGCAAGGACCUAUAUGAUGUAGUUUAGCUUUGGUUAGGACUAUGUCUGGAAAAUACUGCCUGCAGAGUUCAUCCCACAAUUGUUUCUGGAAAAAAACACCUUUUGUUGCUGAAGGGAAGUGCCGAUUGUAGCGUUCUGAUUACUGACAUUUCAAGUAUUUAGACAAGCUUUUCUUCCACAAUUCAAAUAUUCCUGUUAAAUUAAUGAAUGCUAUCAUCAAUGUUAUCUUUGUGUGACAUUAAUAAAGUAUAAAUGUGCUUAAACAAAUUGAUUAACUUAA